ACCAAAGGAAAUCGAAAUCAAAACAUCAAGAUUCCAGUGAAAAUUAAUGUUUUUGGUCUCACAAAUUGCCAACUAUAAGUUAAACAUAUGAUGAUCAUCUGUUCUUGUUUCUCAGUUUUUUCUUUCAAAGAUUUCAUUCUCUCUUCCAAUGGCAGACAACUUACCUGCUCCGAUUUGUGUUCUUAAAGUGAAUAAUAUCCAGUGUUGUGAUACAUGUCCCAAGAAAUUGAAGAAGUUGUUAGAGAAAAUUAAUGGGGUUAAGACUGUAACCGUAGAUGCAAAAAAUGGGUUGGUUACUGUCUCCGGCGCCGUUGACCCAUCCGUGCUGAUUGAGGCCAUAGCAAAGAAGCGCAGAAAGGCGGAGUUGUUACUCUAUGAGAAGGAGCCCAAUAAGGUAGACUUAGACAUAGUCAGUGACAAAUGCAAGAUACUUAAUGGAGGAAGAAAGGAACCCUGUUUUAAUUGCUCCGGUGGCAGUAAUGGUAAUCAUGACAGAAGAGAUGGUGGCCAGAAGCGGGGCAUGAAGUCUGAGAGGAAUGUUGUUGAAGCCAGAGUGUCGACUUUCCAAACUCAACCACCAGGAGCAGGGUUUGAAGGUUCUGAUGGCGGUCAUAACCGUGGAGACAGCUUCCAGCGGUCUGGCAUGAAAGAAAAGGAAUUUAUUGAACCAAGACCAUUGGGUGGCUUCGGAGGACCAGGACCAGAAUUUGCAGGGUGGCGGUCGCAGUUGCCUCCAGUUGGGUACCAACCGCCACCAGGACCGAGAUUCGCUGGGCCACCAAUGCAGCCCCCAGCUGGGUACCGACGACGGCCAGGACUUCAUCAGCCUCUACAGCAGCCAUUUGCGUACCAACAUCACCCUGCGUUUUAUCCUCAUCAACCACCACCACCAAUCCAGACAACAAGGCCACAACAUUAUCAGCCACCACCUAUUCAGCAAACAAUUCCACCACUGCCGUAUCCAUAUGAUAUCUACCAGAAGAAAAAUGAACCUCCACAGGGGGGCAACCCCAUGCUUCACUUGUUUCGCGACGACAAUGUAAACUCUUGCAGCAUAAGCUGAUUAGUGACGAUCAGCAAGAACAUUUUGUGGGGAUUUUGGGUUCGCACAAGAAUAUAUACAUAGACCGAAUGUUUAUGGAUAUGAUUUUUGAACUAUACAUAUGGAUUUUUCAUGGUGUGCAAUCUAUGGUAGGUUUGUGUGGACUGUGGAGAGUGUUUAACAUAACAAAAUAUUUGGAUUAGG